AUGUGGCGAAGCAUCAGUAAAAUUUUGCCACCUGCCCUUCGUGGUACCGACCUCACCGAAAAUUAUACCGACUCGGUCGUCGCCAGGGAUGCCAAAGGCCGCGCAUGUUGUUGGAGCAAUGAGGCAGACUGCGAAAAGUCGGCAAUCACAACUUGCUCAUCACCAUCUGCCAGUCGAUGGCGUAGCAGCACAACAACGGCUGUCGAAGAUCGACGGAACGACGAAGAAGAUACCAGUCAGUAA